UUAUUUUGAAGGCUUUCCGGUCGCUUUUUAGCUAACCGCGGUCAGUUUGACGCACGGCGUUAAGGCGCUGCCAAGUCUGACAGCAAAAUAUAAUUUGCCUAACGUAUCCCGUGCAGCUGAAAUCCACUACCAUGGCACCGUAAAGGGUGAGAAGAAGACACGGUUUCAUGCUCGGUAGGUGACCAAAGUCAGUUAGCUUUGUUGAGCCGAGAGGCUGCGCCCCAAAACACGGACGGCUGUGUGGACGCUGGAGAAGCUACAAUGAGCUCGGAGCACCAGAGCGACAGCGAGGACGCCGACGAGUCGCAGGACAGGCCCAACAACGGCAACCCUGACAUCGACGACUCGGACGUGGACGAUGACAUCGCUCCGGUGGCUUCUCCUUCACCGCCGGGGAGCAGCGGGGACCGAGCGGAGCGUAGCUCGGGGUCUCCGGCGUCAGGGGAGCGAAACCCCAGCAGCCAAACGACGCUGCAGACGGGGAGCGGCGGGGACUCCAGCACCGACAGCCGCAGGAGGAAUAGCCUGUUUUCCUGGCUGCAGAGCAGGACAAUAAGACGAGGGGUGUUUGUGGAUCCAGUCAGGGAUAACUUCAGGACAAUGACCAGUUUGUACUGCUCCAUGAAUCCGGCUGUGGAGUCUGUCAACCUGAGCACUCAGACCCAUGGAGCGGUGUUCAACCUGGAGUACUCCCCGGACGGGUCUGUGCUGACUGUGGCCUGUGAGCAGACUGAGGUCCUGCUGUUUGAUCCCAUCUCAUCCAGACACAUCAAAACCCUGACCGAGGCCCACGAGGACUGCGUCAACAACAUACGGUUUUUGGACAAUCGUUUGUUUGCCACCUGCUCUGACGACACCACCAUUGCAUUAUGGGAUCUGCGUAAGCUGAAUUCAAAGGUUUGCUCUUUGCACGGCCACGCCAGCUGGGUGAAGAACAUCGAGUACGACACCAACACCCGUCUGCUCGUCACGUCUGGCUUCGACGGCAACGUCAUCACAUGGGACACUAACAGGUUUACAGAGGACGGCUGCCCGCACAAAAAGUUCUUCCACACUCGCUACUUAAUGAGGAUGCGUCUGACACCCGACUGUUCCAAGAUGCUCAUCUCCACUUCCUCAGGGUACCUGCUCAUCCUCCACGACCUGGACCUCACCCAGUCCCUCGAGGUGGGCAGCUACCGUAUGCUGCGAGCGCGACGGACUCCCCUCAGCUCAGAUGGAGGCACAUCAGCGUCCAGGUCAGCGGGAACUCCUCGCCAGGGAAAUGACUCCAGCAAGAUGCACCCUCACAGAGAAGGCCUUUCUCCUCGGAACAGCUUGGAGGUUUUGACUCCAGAGAUCCCUGGAGAGAGAGACAGAGGGAACUGCAUCACCUCCCUGCAGCUCCACCCUAAAGGCUGGGCCACCCUAAUCCGAUGCUCCAGCAACAUGGACGACCAGGAGUGGACGUGCGUGUAUGAGUUCCAGGAGGGGGCGCCCACCCGCCCGCUGGUCUCACCCCGCUGCUCCCUUCGCCUCACCCACUACAUCGAGGAGGCCAACGUGGGCAGGGGCUACAUCAAAGAGUUGUGCUUCAGCCCGGACGGGCGACUCAUCUGCUCCCCGUAUGGCUACGGCGUCCGCCUGCUCGCCUUCGACGGGAGCUGCGGCGAGCUGGCCGACUGCCUGCCCGUCCAGACCAGCUGCCUCAGGGAGAUCCGCUCCAUCUACUCGCACAGCGACGUGGUGCUCACCACCAAAUUCUCCCCAACGCACUGCCAGCUGGCCUCUGGCUGCCUCAGUGGGCGCGUCGCCCUUUACCAGCCCAAGUUUUAACAACCCGUGCUGUCUAAGAACGCGGCAGUGCGGACCUGGGUAGAGAAGUGAUAAUCGGGGUUCCUGCACAGAUCCUGAAGUGUGUUGAAGAAGGUUGCCCCAGAAUGCUGCUUGUACUGCUACACAUUUUCUGAUUUUACACUCCCGUUGUCUAAUAUGUACCUGCUUCCCUUGUGCUUAUCUUGGUAACCUUUGGUAUAAAUUCUAUCAAAACAUCAAAGGAAGUUAAAUUAAAAAUCGGAAUCUGUAGGGACCCUGAAUAGCAUUUGUUAGCAUUUGUUUUAAAGUGCUAAAGUGGACGGCAUUGGUGGGAUUUAAUGUAUUAGAUAUUUCAAACAGUCUGGCACACAAUAUAAGUGAAGUAUUGUGAUUUUUCUCACUGUCAGACAGUCUGUAUGGAAAACUCCACCCAUCUGGCUCCUGAGAAGGAUAAAACAAACCUUAAAAAAUAUUUUUAAAUACUUCUACACCCAGGUCUGCAGCUGUGAAGCAGACUGAGUUUGUUUGGGUGGGAACCAUCAGCUAGACAAAAAAAAAGAAGGAGCAGACUUCAGCUGUGACACCUUGACCAGCCUGCAGAAGUGGAUGAAAAUGGAAAAAUAAACAACAAAACAACUCUGAGGCAACAAAACAAAAAGCACCAUUGGGCUUUCCAAGCUCGACUCCCAUCCAGACUGAGGAGACGGUCCAAACCGUGACGCUCUGGAUCAUUAAAUCAAGAGAUGAAACAUGGCAUCAGUCAAAAACUCUGCAGUUCGUCCGUUGCCCUUUUUCAUACUAACAGUUAAUUUUGCUCUCUAUAGCAGUAGAAAAGUUCUUCUGAGACUCGGCACAUCCAGAUGUUACUCGCUCUCUCUCGGGACAAAAACACUAAGGAUGCAAACAAACAGACAUAUUAUUAAUCCAUUAAUUCUAACGAGACUAAAAAAGGCACUUGUGUCUGCCGUCUGCGCUGCCGUUGAUCGUCCUGAGGCGGCGUCCUCCGCCGCGGAUCGUCUCGCUCUCGGCUGCUUCACUCUGCUCAUGCCUUUCCCACAGGUGCUGCUUCUCUGCUCAUACAAUCUGAACUCCACAACUCCAACUGCAAGGACCUCGUCAUCGACGCCUUUCCCGUUUGCCUGCCUGUUCGUUUUCCAUCCCCACGUCGUUUCUGCCUUCACAGUCUCGUUAGCAGUUUAGGUUUUUUUUUUUUAGUGGUUUUAUUGGUGUAUUAAUGUCUGCACUAUUUGUUCGCGGUGUUUGAUUCGUCUGAUUAUCCGCUCACUGUUUGCCGUCGUCGUGGGUUCUUUGGGACUAGUUGCACCGCAUUCGCUUCUCAUUUCCCUUCACAGUUUGUGUGUUUUUACGUUAAGCCUGUGAAUGGAAGCUUCAUGCUGUCUGGACAACAGAAAAACUCAGCUGCUGUCAGUAUCCUCAGUUUUCAAAGGAUCCCAUCCUGUCAUUUUCCAGACCCUCUUUCUGUACAAACCAUUUUCAUACAAAGGAAAUAGUACAAUUACGCAGUUCUUCCCUAAAACAGGAGACUGGCAUUAUUCUGUGUUUUUUUACAGAGAACUCAGAGGUCCAUCCGAAUUUGGUGGGGACUACUUUCAGUCGUGGAGUGAUACACAAUUUGCGUUGUAGUGAGCGUUUGCUUCAGCAGGACGGUGUGUAUGGGACUGAUACAAACAGUGAAUAAGAUUUAUCAGCAUUUAUCAGAUACUCAAAUCAAUUCAUAGUUGGUCUUCGUGGGUUUUAUUAUAAAUACAGAAUAUUACCAGCCUCUUCUUUACUUUUUGGGUGAUAAUUAUCGGCAGUAGCGGUUGCCUCAGCGGUAUUCAUUUUUAUUUUAUGGGAUGAAAUUGUUGCCAAUCGACACGUUGUACCUCAUUUUGUUGGUUUUUGAAGAAAGUGUUGAUCCACAUCAGUGUUUGAAUAUUUUUUCUCUGCAUCACAUCCAGUUUCUUCUUCUUCUUCAUUUUUUUUUUUACAUUGUUAUCAUAAAGGUGACCAAUCAUUUUCUUUCCUCUAAAGAGUGAAUGAGUUGCUUUGACUGUUCUCAUGCUUUCAUGUUUUCAACCACUUGUAGUGUAGCUGCUGUAAGAGCCAAGCACACGUCUGGAUGUCACACCUUAAAGUAUACUGGUUACAGUACAUACAGACUGCAGAAUAGGUAAUAUGUAAACAAAAGGUAGACAUUAGUGUAUACUACUAUGCAUACCAGCCUUUAUGAAGAUUCUCCUCUUAUUUAUACGACGGCGAUGCUCUGUGUGGAGCUGUCGGAUGCCAAAAUAUGUUUUGCUUGGACAAGGCAGCGUGUUGUGAGCUGAGAUUUAAAGGUGAAUAUCGGCUGUUAUGGAUUUAAAAAUAAUAGUAAUAAAAAUAAAUUUCUGAAUAUGUGGCUUAGAUUUUAAAUGCACUAAUUUGAUUGAAGAACUGAUUAACAUUUUUUGGAAAGCUGCUUACUGCUAGCUACUCAUACUUUAAGAUAAAGCUAGCAGCCAGUUAGCUUAGCUUAGUGCCUAAACUUCUAUCCUGGCUUCCUAAAAUCCACCUACCACCACAUUUUAAGAUUUUAUCUCAUUAUAAUCUCGUUUGUUUAAUCUGUAUGAAAACCGAAGUGUGAAACUGAAAAUUUGUCAUUUUGUGUACCAGAUUUUUUUCUUGACUGUGACGUUCUGGAGUCUCCGCUGAUUUCCUGGUAGCUAAACAAUAAAGAAAUGAUCCAGGACACGAAGCUAACCUUCAUAAAACAGAAACGUGUAAUUUUUACACUUUCAGUUUUUGUGCUGUUUAAACCAGUGAGAUACAAUGUGCUCGUAAGUUUAGGUGCUGGUGGGAAAGUUGUGUUGCCAUUAGACAAAGGCAGACAAGCUGCUCUGCCUCCUCUUUGUGCUGAGCUAAGCUAAGCUAAGCUAAUUGGUUGCUUGUGUUGGCUUCAUGUCACACGAGAGUGAUAUCCAUCCUCUCAUCUUUCAGAAAUGUAGAUGACUGAAAAACUGAGGUGAGAAGGUGAGCACAGAUGUGAUUUUAUGAUUCCCAGCUCACAACGCGGUCGUGUACAUGCUGAGGAGGAAAGCUUUCAACACUUUGUACCUCAGUUGACUCUUCAAAAUGUUCAUGUUUUCAUCAACGGGGUUCGUUUCACUUUCAGUUCAGCAAUUCAGCAGCUAGUUGUACUAGAAGGGGGGAAUUCUUCUUCCUCCUCUGGAAUAACUAGAAGAAGUUUUACACAGGAAUACUGUAGAAUGAUUUCACUGUGUUUGUUUUCUUUUUUCAGUGACUGAGCUGAAGGUUAAAGGAACAUCCAUACUGUAUAUUUAUUGCUGUUUUCAUUUCACUUAUAUUCACAAGCUUUUCAGAGACUUCUGACAUUUUCACUUCAGGUAUAGGAGCUAAAAAUGAAUGAAAUGACUUUGUUCACUUUGUCGUUUUUGGUCAGUCCUGUCCUGCCUUUUAACCUGCGUUCUGUUGUGGAUUAAUUGAAUGUUCUCGGUGGUUCUGGUGCUGGUUACCUGUGCUCCUCGACUGAUCACAGCUGGAGGGAGGGUUGGACAAUAGAUGGAGAACAGGUUGAACUGCUCGUACUAAAUGUUUCCUAAAUGGCUAUAAACAGCAAGGAAUCCCAACCGUGAUACUAAAAUGGUACUUAUUAUCACUGAAAUAAAAAGGUUAGCUUCUUUUGCA